GGAGGCGACGUUGGUAGCGAUCAACAGCCAUGCUUGAAAUGGUGUAUUUUUCGUGUCGCCAUUUUGUCUAUAUUUUCUCUCUCACAGUUUUCUACGGGCCCAGGAAAGAAGGCAGUGUUCGUGGAGGCUGGCAUGCAUGCUCGUGAAUGGAUUAGUACAGCGUCUCUGAUGAAAAUUAUUGAAAGGUUUGCGAAUGAUUUCGACUUCGAUUCAGACGUCAUACACUUACUCGGACUUUAUGACUGGAUAUUCAUACCAUGCUCCAACCCCGAUGGCUACGAGUACACAUUUUACCACGAUAGAAUGUGGAGGAAAAACAGGAAACCAAACAUGAGAUGCGUGGGCACCGAUCUGAACCGUAAUUUUGAUGCUGGGUGGAGUGGUGAGGGUAGCAGUUCUUUUGAAUGUAACCUGACUUUCCAUGGCAAACAUGCUUUAUCAGAGCCUGAAAGCCAGGCCCUUGUACGCUUCAUCAAGUCUUCAGGUCCCUUGAUAGGGUUCUUCUCUGUCCACUCCUAUUCACAGUUUAUAAUGCCUCCAUAUGCAUUUACCAGACGGAAGCCCGCGGACAGUGAAGUGCUGACCAAACUUGCCUAUAAGGCAGCAAAAGCAAUAACCCAAGCCACUGGUUCAUAUUUCACUGUUGGCACACCACCUGAGUUGUUAUAUGUAGCUGGUGGUGGAGUCUACGACUGGGUGAAGCUGAAAUCGCAAGCGAAAUACAGCUAUGCCUUGGAGCUCCGUCCCGCACACAACGCCUACAACGGGUUCAUCUUGAGUCCACUCAAUAUUAAGCCGAGUUCCAAAGAGUUGUUUGCUGCCUUGAAAACUUUUGCUGAAGGCUUCUGAAACAGUCUUCAUGCCUUUGAGUUGUGAAGGAUGGAAAUAGAGAGAUGAGGUAGACACAGAGAAGUGAUGUGGGAGACUGAUGUGCAAGAGGAUAUGUAUGUCAGUAUAUAUGUAAGUUGUAUGUAUGUAUGUAUGUAUGUAUGAGGUAUCUCAUUAAAAUAAAUUCUGUUUCACAUAACUUA